GUCGUCCAGGUCUCGUUCUCAUCCUUACACCUACCCACCGACGUCCAACGCCUUCGAUACCACCUACACGCCUCUCAGUUUGUCAGCUUUACUCGCAACUGUCUUAAGAACCGAUAUACACAAAACACAUCCAACGCAAUGGCUCCAACACAAUACAUAGCGCCCGUGACGGACUCGACCGCCAUCUUUCGGCAAGACCUCUUCAAGAGCAAGGUCCUCUUCUGCACGGGUGGUGGCUCUGGGAUAUGUAAGGCAAUGACAGAGGCUAUUAUGCGACAUGGCGCGAACGCCGUGAUCGUUGGGCGCAAACUUGAACGUCUCACCGAAUCCGCCACCCAGCUCUCUAAGGCGACCGGGUCGCAGUGCAUUGCCGCACAGGCGGACGUGCGCCAGCCUUCGCAGCUCAAGGACGCUGUUGCGAAGACGAUUGAGAAGUUCGGCCGGAUCGACUUCGUCAUCUGCGGUGCAGCAGGCAACUUCCUCGCGUCCAUUGAUGGCAUGUCGGAGAACGCGUUCAAGACAGUCAUGGAAAUCGACACUCUCGGCACAUUCAACACCGUGAAAGCGACCCUCCCACACAUCCGCGCCUCGCACGGCUCUUAUAUCCACGUGAGCGCAACGCUGCACUGGAAGGGCACGCCCUACCAGGUCCACGUCUCCGCCGCAAAGGCAGGCGUCGACGCUCUCUCGGCCGUGCUCGCCGUUGAGGAGGGCCCUCGGGGCGUGCGCUCGAACGUCAUCGCGCCCGGGCCGAUCGGAGAGACGGAGGGCAUGAGUAGGCUGUCGGCCUAUCCCAAAGAGGGAGGGGAGAAGAAGGAGGUGCAGGCGAACAGCCGGUAUCCUCUCGGACGGAUCGGCAACCUCAAGGACGUCGCCAACGCAGCCGUCUUCUUCUUCAGCCCUGCUGCGGAGAACAUUAGUGGCCAAGUCAUUGCCAUUGAUGGUGCGUUCGAGCACCUCCGCUCGUUCCAGCUGCCGUACCCGCAGGCGCUACUCGAUCCGGAGAGCAUCAAGCAUAUGAUCAAGCCGCGGUUGUAGGUUUUACAUAUCAGGGAUCUAUAUUUUAAGGAGCGACUAUGUUCCGUAUUUAUAAAGGUUUGCCUGAGACCAAUGGAAUGCGCUCGCAUGUAAAGCACGAGGCCCUUGC